AUGGAAUGCCAGCGUAACCCAGACACACAAGGUGACACGAACAGCACACCAGCUUGCUAUGAGUCCUCGAGAUUGCUACGCGACCAGCUCAACACGGAUACGUGUCCCGCCAGCAACUUAGCCUCCUGUCUCCGGCGAGAGUCAACCAUGGCCGGAACGCGGUCAUACACACAAAGGGAAAAUGCAUCCGUGAUCGCCACCCCAUCUAGCUUUACAAAGGACUCGGUCUCCUUGUUCCCCGCCUUGUCUUGGCGGACCAAAGUCACUGGCACCGCGGCGGCACACCACAACGACCACGAUAGCACGCGGAUGUCGCCAGUCCUCGACUACCCACUCCUUUCGGAAGCCUUUCGCAGCGGUGCACCGGGCGUGCCACCAAUGCUUCCGUUAGAGGAAGAGUGUAAAAAUGCAGUGACGCAGGCAGCUGUUUUGCCGCAGCCAUCUUCUACACCGAUACUUCCCCCGCCCAUCGAAACAUCCCACCCAACUUUGCAGAAGGUCUGUGUAGUGUCAUCACCCGCCAACACAUGGCAGGGUGUAGCGGUGAAAGAUAUGCUUUCGUUUUCAUCCUCGUCGCUCAUGUCGGCUGCCCCAUCGCAGUUGAAUCCGUUGCACGGCGCAGGAUUGAUCCGGUGCCACUCGGCUCCAGCGCUGCAUAAGGUGGCAAACAGGACAAAGGUGCUGGUGCACAGGUCGUUACCUGAGGAGGAGGUGAGCCGGCCUCGGUCUGCAGUUGUGCAAAUAGCCGCUAUAGCUGUUACAAGCCCCAGGGCACACCAUGGCGACGAGUCUUUUUCCGCACAGCCUCCGCAUGGCGCGACUAUCACGUCAAGGUCUGGGCCGCGCGCGUCGUGUUUGAGAGCGUCCACCAGCGUUUCAGGCCCGGUGCUGGAAGAGGUAGCGGCUGUGGCUUUAACUGGCGUUGGCUCGCGCGAGUUUUCGUUCCGCUCCCCCAGCAGCUCGAUUGUCACUUUCAUCGACCACGAGCUCGACAUCAGUACAACGGACUCGGGCGUCUUACACGCUGGCGACGGCCUCCAUGACGCGUCGGAAGCCGAAAGCCUCCUCGAGAGCGAAGGUGGGCGGCGGUGUAGCGGCACAAAGCUGUACCUGCUUACCGACACGCGCUCAUCCCUCGUGUCUGGCGCACAUGUGAGGCCAUUCAUGUCAAGAUCCACUGUGCGGCAUAGACGCCUGCCGGCGGCUGUGACGUCAGUGCCGCAGCCUGCACACCUCACAUCUGAGUACGCUGCCGCUGUUCAAGCAGCGGCUAAGCAUGGUCGCAGCCUGCGUCAGAUCCUGGCAAGGUGCGGCGACGCCGAUGACGCAUUGCGGGAUUCUGGAGAGGCACAGAGCGAACUAUAA